AACCACCGUCGAGUCCCUUGUAUCAAACUUCAACACCUCGACGAAUAUCUUCCCGCUCGCCUCAAUUUUUCGCUCAGCUCUCAAGAUGGUCCAGUACUACCAGAUCGCCGGCCGCAAGGUUGGAUCGCACUAUUUGGCGAUGGGUGUCCUGACCGCCAUGUUCGGCGGUGUUUACGCCAGCUUGAGCGGCCCGAGCAAGGUCCCCAAGGCGGGCACUACUCCCCCGAUAAAUGCUGCUUCGUCCGACGAAGCCGAUUUCAUCAAGAAGUUCCUCGAGGACAACUCUGGCAAGGGGAAGAGUGAAGGAAAGCACUGAGACGAGCAUUACCACGGAGCGGUACCACCCCAGGGAAGAAGCAUACCACAAUCAUGGCCAUUUGAGCCCGUGUAAAUUUAUAGACGACGCCAUGUCGUUAAUAGAAGUCGAUGCUGUUGGACCGUUUCACUUCCGUACAAUUGGUGAUACGUCAUGGAUUCCUGACAAAGUCGAUGAGUGUCAUUCACCAACUGGGCAACUUCCAGUGCUAGCUGAGGUCAGUAUGGCUAUGGCGCUAGGCUUUGGUCUUGACCAUUGUGGCUCCCGUCGGUUGUACAUCUUUGUGUGGACCAGUCACCCGCAGGAGUUCUGCUUUUGCUCAAGAGACUUCAAUUGGCUUUAAUGUUCGUCAGGAAUCAAGAGACAAAUCUUUUGAAUAGC